AAUUGGGAGGAGUUCAGCAAAAAUCGGGGUGCCAACUAAAAUUCUUCUUUCCUGCUGCAGUCAAUAAAGUGCAUGGGUUUGAGAAACUCUUGCUUGCAUCAGGGGGAGAGAUGGAAAAUAGAGGGCAAUUUCAGCUGGUGCAUGAAGCAGACUUCUUGAUUCUGUGCAUAGGAUUCUACAGUGGUGUUCCGAACAUCCCUGAUUUCCCUAUAAACAAGGGGCCUGAAGUGCUCGAUGGAGAGGUCAUCCACUCCAUGGACUACGCUGACAUGGGCAGUGCCCGUGCGCACGAGCUGAUCAAGGGAAAGCGAGUUACGGUGAUCGGAUACCUAAAGUCUGCUGUAGAUAUUGCAGCAGAGUGCGCGGAUGUAAAUGGUCCUGAGUUUCCAUGCACAGUACUAUGUCGAACCAAACGGUGGAUGAUACCAAAGCAAACUGCGUGGGGUAUUCCUCUCGGUUUCUUCUAUCUCAAUCGCUUCUCUGAACUUCUGUUUCACAAGCCCGGUGAAGGACUGUUGCUUAGCAUAUUAGCCACUUUAUUGUCACCAUUGGCAUGGUUGAUUUCAAAAUUUGCUGAAAGCUACUACAAAUGGACACUGCCGUUGAAGAAGUACGGAAUGGUACCCGAGCAGAGCUUCUUCUAUGGCAUGUCUUCCUGCUUGGUUGGUCUACUGCCGAAUAAAUUCUACGACAAAGUUGAAGAAGGGAAGAUUAUCCUUCGCACAAUUCGGAACUUUAGUUUCUGUAAGAACGGCUUGAUCAUUGAUGAAGAGUCUUCACCGUUGGAGACAGACAUUGUCAUUUUUGCGACGGGGUACAAAGGGGACCAGAAGCUCAAGGAUAUCUUUUUUUCACCGUUAUUUCAGAAGAUUGCUGCAGGUUCAUCAACAACUACUGUCCCACUCUACAGGGAAUGCGUCCAUCCUAGGAUUCCCCAGCUUGCAAUCAUCGGCUUCUCUGAGAGCCUCUCGCAUCUACACUCGUCCGAGAUGAGGGCAAAAUGGGUGGCUAGCUUUCUAGAUGGAGCUUUCCGGUUGCCAAGCAUUAAGAAAAUGGAAGAAAAUGUGAAGGAGUGGGAGAAGUACAUGAAGAAACACUCCCGGGAAUACUUUAGAAGGUCCUGUAUUGGAGUUAUACAUACUUGGUACAAUGACCAGUUGUGCAAGGAUAUGGGGUGUAACCCUAAAAGGAAGAAGGGUUUUCUUGCUGAUUUGUUCCUUCCUUAUUCUCCUACAGAUUAUGCUGAUGUGUGAAGAGCAUGUCUUUUCCCCUUCUUGGUAUAGUUUGAAGUAGAAUCAUGAGAUGUGAGCCAAAGAAGAGGAGGAAUAAGUAAAAUAGAGGACCAGAAGGGAGUGCAAGCAUGCUUACAGCAUAAUAAUACUACAGUCUUUUAUGUAAUGUGUUACCAGUGUGAACCUGAAUAUCCAUUUACGGAGAGCAAAAAAUAAAAAAUAUCCAUUUACGUUACAAUA